AAAAAAAACAUAAAUAUAAUGUAGUUGAUAGACGUUGUGUUUCAAUUUCUGUUUCUUUGAUAUAAACAAAGUUUACUAACUUUAUUUUCUACAUUUUUAUCCUUUUAUUCCAGUCUAUUUUGAUACGAUUGAAUUGAAGUAUCGGUUUAAUUACGUAAGACUGUUAAAUAAUUAAUUAUUAAGAAUGGAGAUUAAUAAUCCUAUUUUUAUCAAAAUUAAAGAAUUGGGUAUUAAAAAUAGUAAAAGGGAAGAAUUGCGUGAAUAUUGUAAACUAAAAAUGGAAGAGAUGUUACCGGUUUUAUCUAGACGUAUUAUAUGUAGCGAUGCUGCCGAUUUGUUGAAUUGUUUAUUCAAUGGAUUGUCAGAGAACUGCGCUAUUUCAGCUAGGAAUAAAGUUAAGGUAAUAGAUAUAGUGCUACAAACAAUGAGAAAAGAGUCUACAUCUAUUAGACACUGCAGUGAGGUUGUCAGUAGAUUGUGCUUAGAAUUAUCGAGGAUGCCAGCUGAUGACUUGGUAACAUGGUGUGAUGACAGUGUCCAGUCCAUUGUCGAAGAUGCUGAUGUUAAUAUGAUAUGGAGAGAUGUACUGCCCGAGUGUUUGUAUGUGCUGGCGUCACAUGUUAAUAUAAAACAUUGUGGUACAGUUAUGACCACCACAGAGUACAAAGAACAGUGUGUACGCACAUUAUGCCAGUGUCGGUGGAAGGAGGGACAACUUGUACAGUUAGCUGCUAUGUUUAAAGAUAUGCAGUUAAAUCGCAAUGAUCAUAAACAAGUUGUCAACAAAUUAUGCUCUUACAUGACAGAUAUAUCCCUGGAAAAUCUACCACCAUUAGUUUAUCAACUGCUCAAGUUAUGCAAGACAAAUAAUGUGGAAAUAGUUAUGGCGCACCUAAGUCAUUAUUUUAAUGGAAGACUGUAUAGUAAAUUCGAGCCUCCUCCGCAGGAUUCUGAGGCCACUACAAUUGAUAUAGAUGAUAUUGCGGAGUCCAAUUCAGUGGAGCUCUGUCUCUGUCUAUCCACUUGUAUCUACAACAUAACACAGGGGCUCACUGAGCUGGAGACUAUUAGGAAACACCUGAAGGCGUGGCCGAAGACCCAAUUGCUACGAGCACCAUUUUUGAUAGAUGUAGCGCUCGCAUUGUCUGACAAAGGGCCGGAAUUUAAAGGUGUUUGUUUAAAUGUGAUCAAAUCUGCAAUAGAACAUCAUAUUAUGGACGAGCUGCGAAGAAAAGAGUCGGCGUGGUCUCGCUCUGUAUUGCCGCCCGACGUCGACGUAACCAAUAUGCUCAAAGUACUCACCACUGAAAGCGUCAACCAAGUCAAUUUGACAGCGAUGGGUCUAAUCAACCUGGCGUUGUCACUACUGUCAGUGUCUCGAGCGAAACCUACUGCGCAAGCGUGCUGGUCGUACGGCAAAUUGAUUCUGGUGCGAGUGAGCAAGUUAAUACUGGAAACUGCACCGUACAUAUUGACGCAAUUGGGAGACAGGUUGGCCGGGGACUCUAAUCAGCCGCAAUAUGCAGACUGCCUGCAAGUCCUGUGCAAAUUAGCACCAUUGUCUGUAGAGCGCUGCAGCCAACUGCGCACUAUCAUCGAGAACUGCCAACCAUCGGGCAACGAUUAUACUACGGCCGCCGCUGUACUGGAUACCGUCCACCCACUGCUCAACUUCAGUAUAAAGAUCAGGGACACCCUAAUUAUGUUCUGCAGCAAAGGAUUGUAUUCGAAGGACUCUGUGCACCGCUGCCUGUCGCUGUCGGGGCUACUGUCGGUGCUGCGUCACCUGCGCGUGUCACGCAGCACGUUCUCCAGCAGCGACAGCGUCAGCGAGCAGUUCAGCGCGCACUCCUACCUCACGCAGCUCUCCGUCGACCUGCAUGCCACGCAGCAAGGCGACGUGGUAACAUCGCGAGUUCGUAACGUAGCAAUGUGCUUGGAGGUGCUGUCGAUAAUGCGCCGCUGCCUCGUCCAAGACGCUGCUGUUAAGCAGCUUUUAUAUACAAAGUUGUACUACUGUGCAAAAGAGAAAAAUACACUUCAUGAGACUAUUUUGGAAACAUUAUAUGAGCAUCUCAAUAAGUAUUUGGCAGAAAGUGAAGACGAGGGACCGCCUUUGUUGCUGCACAAGUGUGUGCAAGUCACUGCAACCGGUGCCACCCUUGUGGAACCAAUAUCUUACCUACUGUAUGCAAUAGCAGAAUUCAUUCAGCCCGUAGAAGAUGAAGACUUGGAGGACAUCCUCGGAAGCCCAAGUGCGGAUACUGGUAGUGCGCUUCUAAAGAGCCAGCUGACCUAUAUCAUGGAAAAAUUGUGUAAAAGCGAAAAUUUAGGCGUUAUCGAUUUGGAAGAUCCUGGCCUCUCAGACUUGACUCCAGAGUCGAAAGCGAAAUGUCUUAAAGUACAACAAAUACUGCAAUGUUAUGAAGCGCUGGUGGCGUAUAAGAUAAUGCAGUGGGUACCCAGCAGUGCCGAUAUAGCCGCGUCUAUAUAUAGCUUAUAUAAGUCAUGUAAUCAGCUUCUGGAACAAUUAAAGGCACCACCGAAGACUGGUAAAAAAGGGAGUAAACCGCUGAACGAGACAAGGGAGACGGAGAAAUCUCAAAAGAGUCAGAAGUCACAGAAGAAGAGCAAAGGUCCAGUGAAACUAUCGAAUCUGACUAAGGAUAGGGCUGGUCCGUUCAAGCCUCUGCCGUGUCUGUGGGACCUUGGUCUUUGUCACAGAGUCGUCGAAUUGUUGUACAAUGAAUCAGUGCCAUGGACUUCGUUAGAAGAGCGUAACUACCUACGCGGCCGUCGCGACUUCCAUCGGUGGGCGCUCCGCUGCAUACUGUCGGUACUCUCAAGCGAUCACAUAGAGAAGCAACAGGUCGCUUCUCAUGUCACUAAAAUUGCUGCUAUCCUCUACAAGAGGUGUAUUUCGAGAUUUCAAGAUAUGUGCGACUUUGAUGAUCAGACUACACUCAGCUGUUUAGAAGUAUUCAAAGCUUGCUUGACUUUACUUUUCUCAUCAAACUAUUCACUGAAAAUGGAUAGCUUUUUACGAUCAAUAACCGAUCUAUCCGAAGUAUCCGACGCGACGCACAUAGCAGCAGUUCUAGAGCAGAUCUUAGAGGCGCUGCAGCAGGCGGCGGCCGAGAGUGUCGAAGAGGAACCAGAAGCGAUUGGAAAGAAGAUCACGACUGUACUGGUGCAAACUGCUGCCUUCCUCCUCGACGUACCCGUGCUGCAUUCCACUGAGAUGACUAAUAUAUUAAUCAAACUGGAAGAAUAUAUCCGAAUAAGUAAGCAGGACUGGUUGCCGAUGUUACCAGCGCUGCUGGCGGCCGGCUGCAGGGACCAACAAGAGGCGCAGCUCUUGGACGAGCUGCUCACUAAGAUAACAGCCGUGCUGGGCAGGAUUGAUGAGGAAGACACAUCAGCGGGCGAGAGCGAGGAGCCGAGCAGUUUUCCAAUAGUGGACAGUAGGUCGGGCCACACGGUGUUGGCGCACGUGUGUACCCACCUUGGGCAGCGGUUCCGCUAUGUCGACCACCUGCUGCAGCGAGCGCGAGACCUCACCGUCGCCCUCGCACUCGCCACGCCCACUCACCUGCAGAGGAUAGACAGAGAACUGACGGAGCUGUACAAGUGUAUAGUGGUACAGCUGUGCUCGCUCACUACGUGGGUGUCUCAGUGCUGCAAGUUGCGCUGCAACCCUGGCGCUGGCAGCGAGCGAGUGCUGGCUGUCGCAGUCCGACUGUUAGCACUGCUGUCGACACUCGCGCGACAUCUACCGCCAUCUAUCGCGCUACACCUGCGGUUUGAACGUCUACUGAAAUUGUGUGGAAAGAAAUUCUCAACGGUGACCGACAAUCUGAUCACAUACCUGGAGGGUUCGCAACAGCAGCAGAACGCAAGCAAAGUGCUCCGCGACACUAAACUCAUACCGCGGCUCGUGCUGGAGGCGGAACAGUUCAGCAAACACGUGAUACUGCUCGCUAACAAAGGAAACCUGAACUAUCAGCAGUACCUGUCUCUGGGGACAGCCCGUGACUUCCGGAUAAAGGCGCCUGUGUUACAAGAAGCGCUCAACGCGAGGGGGGAGCCUUCAGUUGACGAGAAUAGCGACAAUGAUGAACAAAUUAACAUAAACGAUGCGGCAACAGAAAUCCUCGGGAGCGAUAACGAGCGUGACGGCAGCGAGGAAGAAACUUCCCCAAAAAAGAGACAAAGACUGUUAUAACAUUAUAAACAUAAUGUUAUUAUCUUUAUAGUUAUGUGAUUUUUAUAUCA